ACCUAACAGUCUGAUAAUGAGCGGCAGAGGAAAGGGCGGGAAAGGACUCGGUAAAGGAGGCGCUAAGCGUCACCGUAAAGUUCUCCGUGAUAACAUCCAGGGAAUCACCAAACCCGCCAUCCGUCGUCUGGCUCGCCGCGGCGGAGUGAAGCGUAUCUCCGGUCUGAUCUACGAGGAGACCCGCGGUGUGCUGAAGGUGUUCCUGGAGAACGUGAUCCGUGACGCCGUCACCUACACCGAGCACGCCAAGAGGAAGACGGUGACCGCCAUGGAUGUGGUGUACGCCCUGAAGAGACAGGGCCGCACCCUGUACGGGUUCGGAGGCUGAACACCGGGACUCCACCUCACAAACAACGGCUCUUUUAAGAGCCACUCACUCCGUCUAAGAA